GGCGGGGAGGAGCCAGCGCCGCACGGAGCCGAGCGCCGGCAGCGCUCCCGCAGCGCGCCGGGUCCACACCGCGCCCGCACCGCGCCGGCUGUGUGCUGCGACUGCCCCGGUACCGGCACCGGCACCGCUCCGACCCCCCUGCUCCGGUACCGGCACCGCUCCGACCCCCCUGCUCCGGUACCGGCACCGGCACCGCUCCGACCCCCCUGCUCCGGUACCGCCACCGCUCCGACCCGCCCUGCUCCGGUACCGCCACUGCUGCGACCCCUCCUGCUCCGGUACCGGCACCGGCAUCGGCAUCGCUCCGACCCCCCCCUGCUCCGGUACCAGCACCGCUCCGGCCCCCCCUGCUCCGGUACCGGCACCGCUGCGACCCCUUCUGCUCCGGUACCGGCACCGGCACCGCUCCAACUCCCCCCUGCUCUGGUACCGCCACCGGCACCGCUCCGAUUCCCCUGGCACUGGAACCGGCGCCGCUCCAAUUCCCUCGGCACCGGCACCGCUCCGACUCCCCCCUGCUCCGGUACUGGCACCGGCACCGCUCCGACUCCCCGUACUCGGUACCGGUUCCGCUCCAACGUCCCCGGCACCGGGACAGCUCCAACCCUUUUCCUGCACCGGCACCGGCCCCGCUCCAGCCACGCUGCGGUGCCGGUCCGGCUCCAGCCCCGCUCCGGUGCCAGCCCCGCUCCCGCAGCUCCCGCAGCGCCGCCCGCGCUCUGCCCCGCAGGAAGGAGGAAGGGACGCGGCACCAGGGAGCGGGCUCUGCCGUCCCUGGCAGCACGAGGGAAGAUGAACAAGAUGAAAAACUUCAAGAGGAGGUUUUCUCUCUCGGUGCCGCGCACGGAGACCAUCGAGGAGUCGCUGACGGAGUUCACGGAGCAGUUCAACCAGCUCAACAACCAGAGGAACGAGGACCUGGCUCAGGGCCACCUGCAGCUGGAGCAGCUGGGCAGGGAGGUGGCCGGGGAUGGCAGCCCCGCGUCCCCGCCGCAGGGACAGCGACAGGGACAGGGACAGUCCCCGGUGGCCGCCGUGCGCUACCGCAACCACGGCCAGCGCCGCUUCUCCAUGGAGGACGUCAGCAAGCGCCUCUCGCUGCCCAUGGACAUCCGGCUGCCCCCCGAGUUCCUGCAGAAGCUGCAGAUGGAGAGCCUGGAGCUGCCCAAGCCCCUGAGCAGGAUGUCCCGCCGAGCCUCCCUCUCAGAUAUUGGCUUUGGGAAGCUGGAAACCUACAUCAAACUGGACAAACUGGGAGAGGGCACCUACGCCACGGUGUUCAAGGGCCGCAGCAAACUGACCGAGAACCUGGUGGCGCUGAAGGAAAUCCGGCUGGAGCACGAGGAGGGGGCGCCGUGCACGGCCAUCCGCGAGGUGUCGCUGCUGAAGAACCUCAAGCACGCCAACAUCGUCACCCUGCACGACAUCAUCCACACCGAGCGCUGCCUCACCCUCGUCUUCGAGUACCUGGACAACGACCUCAAGCAGUACCUGGAGAACUGCGGGAACCUGAUGAGUGUGCACAAUGUGAAGAUCUUCAUGUUCCAGCUGCUCCGUGGCCUGGCUUAUUGCCACGGCAGGAAAAUCCUGCACCGAGACCUCAAACCCCAGAACCUGCUCAUCAACGAGCGGGGGGAGCUCAAGCUGGCUGAUUUCGGAUUAGCCAGGGCCAAGUCAGUCCCGACUAAAACCUAUUCCAACGAGGUGGUGACGCUCUGGUACCGCCCUCCCGACGUCCUGCUGGGAUCCACCGAGUAUUCCACCCCCAUCGACAUGUGGGGGGUCGGGUGCAUCCACUACGAGAUGGUGACGGGCCGGCCGAUGUUCCCCGGCUCCACGGUGAAGGAGGAGCUGCACCUCAUCUUCCGCCUGCUGGGAACCCCCACAGAGGACACCUGGCCUGGGAUAACAUCCAACGAGGAGUUCAAGGCUUACAACUUCAGCCAGUACCGCGCCCAGCCACUCAUCAACCACGCCCCGAGGCUGGACUCAGAAGGCGUCGAUCUGCUGACAAACCUGCUGCUGUACAGAGCCAAGGGCCGGAUCUCAGCCGAGGCAGCCCUGCAGCACCCCUACUUCAGGAGCCUGGGAGAGCGUGUGCACCUCCUGCCUGACAACGCCUCCAUCUUCUCCCUGAAGGAGAUCCAGCUGCAGAAGGACCCUGGGCACCGAGGCUCAGCCUUCCAGCACUCAGCCCGAGGCAAGAACAGGAGGCAGAGUAUAUUUUAAACGGGGAUCUCGUCGCCAUGGAGAUGGAAGCUCUGAGAAGGGAGCGGCUCCCGCCCGACCCUGGGCAGAAUUCCCGGCUCCAGCAGGACGAGGCUGUCCCCAGACCCUGCCCUCCAUGGACCUGUGGCCUUGUCCCCCCCUCUUUUUGUGCUGUCCCCCCCGGGAGGAGCUGUAGGAGGAGCUGCCCCGGCGGGUUUGGGGGUGCAGGGAGGGGAUUUGUGGGGUUUGCUGGAAAUGCACCUUUGCUCAGACAAGCUGCCCUGCAGCCCCUGGUUUUUGGGGAGCCCGUGUUUGGACUGGCACAGCACUGGGAGCACCUGGGGCACAGCUGGAGCACAGCUGGAACCAGGGCAGCCCCCCCAUAUUUCCCUCCCCUCUGCUGCAGAACCCCCUUUCCCCUCCCUGUUUUGGUACCUGAAUCCAGCUGGGGAUGGAGCAGCCAGAACUCCCAUUGCUCCCCCCAGCACCUCCCAGUCCCUGCUCCCAAAUCCCAGCGUAUUCUGGGAUGUCCUGAGCCCAGAGCAGGGCCUGGGGGGGCUGCAGCUCUCACAGGGGGGUUCAGCCCCUCCCAGGCACGGAUGGAUGGAGCAGCCCCUUCCCCAAACCCACGGGGCAGGACGGGAUCCCGGAGGAUCCCAGGGCUCUGAGCCCCUCCCUGCGUGGCUCAGCCCCUCCCCAGAGCUGCUCUCGCCCACCUGGGCUCGGAGGGAAGGGGGAGAGGUGCCAAACCUCCCCCAGCUCAGCUGUGGGCACCAGAAAUAGCCCAGGGGAGCAGCACAAACCCCUCUGCCCCCCGUGCCAGGCUGCUCUGGAUCGCUGCUCACAGACAUUCCUGCUGCUCCAGGGGUUCCCUUCGGGGGAACAGAUCCCUCCCUGCUGGCAGUGAGGGCACGGAGCCCCUCUGCUGUGGGAUGGUCACACCCUGGGCUUGGCUUUCCCGGAGGAUCAGCUCCCUCUGGGAUUCCUGGAGCUGGGGGUGGCACCUGGGGAUGGGCCCUGGGGAUGGGCCCUGGGGAUGACACCUGGGGAUGAGACCUGGGGAUGGCACCUGGGGAUGGCACCUGGAAAUGAGAGCUGGGGAUGGAACAUGGGAUGGCACCUGGAAAUGGCAGCUGGGGAUGAGACCUGGGAAUGGCACCUGGGGGUGGCACCUGGAAAUGAGACCUGGGGAUGGCACCUGGGGAUGAGACCUGGGAAUGACACUUGGGGAUGGCAGCUGGGAAUGGCCCCUGAGAAUGGCCCCUGAGAAUGGCUCCUGGGGAUGUCACACCGGGGGAUGUCACACCUGGGGGUGGCACCUGGAAAUGAGACCUGGGGAUGGCACCUGGGGAUGAGACCUGGGAAUGGCCCCUGAGGAUGGCACCUGGGGAUGUCGCACCUGGGGAUGUCACACCUGGGGAUGUCACACCUGGGGAUGGCACCUGGCACUUUGCCCCAGGGCCCAGCUCCCCGUGGGGCUGUUCCCCCUGGAGCAGGGAGUGAUUCCUCCACCAGUCCUUGGAAAAGGAGCAGAGGGAGGGAAAUGAGGGAUCCAGGAGCUCCCAGAGAGUCCCCAGGCUCUGCAGGGUUUGAGGUUUGCCCAUCCCUGCUCCAUCCCCUUCCCACACCAGCCCCAUUGUUCCCUGAUUGAUCCCAGUGGGUGGGGAGGAGCAGGAGCAGCCCCCAGUGACAUCUGGGGCUGGGAUUUUCCAGAGGAAUUUCCUUGGGGUCAGAGCUGGGCACGGACACGGCUCCUCCAGGUGCUGAGGAAUUCUGGACCCAGGCCAGGAGCCCUCCAGGAUAUCCCUGAGCUCUCUGGGCAUUUCCCAUUCCCACACUAAACUUCCAGGGGCAGCUGAGCCACCCCACAUCCCCACUGGGAGCCACAGGUCUGAUGUUGCUGCUGAAGGUCAAGGCAAAUCCCACAGAGCCAGGACAGAAUUCCAGCAGCAGGAAAAGGCCCUGCUGGCUCCUGGUUAUCCUUGCACAGCCUUUCCCUUUUUUCCUACAAAUCCCCCCAAAAGAGUUUCCUUGUGAGAGAAUUCCCAGCAUUUGGCAACACCCAAUCCCUGGCAAAACCAAGAAUUCCUUCCCUCCUAAACUUUUUAAUGGAGCAGGAAUAGAAUAAUCUUUCUUAAGAAUUCCAGCUUUUCCAAGGAAUUUUUGCCAGAUUUUCAAGGAUAUUUUUUCCCCCUCUGGAAUCACCCCUGGAACCCCCAACUUUACAUCAAUUCCAGAGAAUUCCAAGGAGAAUUCCAGAGAAUUCCAAAGGGUUCCAACCCCCCCCAAAGGACACACCAUUGUUUUAUCAGCCCCAAGUGCUCCCAAUUCCAGAUAACCCCUUUUCUCCCAGGGAUUUCAUGGAUAUUUGAUUCCCAAUUUGAGUGUAAAUAUUUGCUGCCCUGCUGAGCUAGGAAAAAAAAACAAAAAAAAAAACAAAAAAAAACCCCAGAGCUGGAGGUUGGCAGGGAUUAAAUCCUGGAGUGAAAUCCCUCCUUUCCACCUCUGGGAUAAUAUUUUAGUUAAAAACCCCUGAGCAGAGCAGAGUUCUGUCUCAUCCCUGGGCAGGAUUUUCCAGGUUUGGGAGCACCAAGUGGAAUUUUCACUGAAAUUUUGAGAAUUUCUGUGGCUUUCCAGCAAUCUCAUUUCAUGGAUUCUCAUCCACCACACCGAGGAGCAGCUGUGGCAAAAGGAAAUCAGGAAGUUGUUGCUUUGUCUUGCACGAGUUUUUCUUGGAAUUUUUUCCCCUUUUUUUUAUUUUUUUAUUUUUUCACCAGAAAUCAGGAUUUUUGGCAGUGCCCUGAGGAAAAGCCAAAUUCCUGGUGUUCUUUUGUUGGGUAUUUAUGGUUGGGUAAAGGAAUAGAAAGAAAUCAAUUUAUUGCAGGGUGAGGUCAGGGUUUGGGACAACAACAACAACACUUGGAGGCAGAGCUGUUCCAUUCCAUCCCAUCCCUCCAUUCCCACAUGGAAUUUCCUCAGCCACAUCCAUGUGGAGAAUUUAAACAACAAAACUCCUUUGGAUUUUGGAGAUUUGGAACAAAAUAACUGCAUUUUUCCCCUUUCUUCUUUACACACAAUUUGAAAAAAAAUUGAUUUAAAGGGCAUUUUCCCAAGGUUUUUCAUCUGAUCUCCAGCUGUGCUGCACAUCUGUCUGCUCAAACUGUAAAAUUGGAUUUUGGAUGCCCCUGUGAAAUAAAAAAAUUCACAUUUCCUCAUUGCCUUCCUCCAUCCUCAGCAUCCUGCUCAUCCUCCAGCAGGAGGGGCCAGGCUGGGUCCCCAAAGUGGCAGAAACCAGAAAAUAAAUGUAUUUAACUAGGGAUGUACAAACAAAAGAUGUGUUUUGAAAUAAAUGAUUUUAAAGAUUUA